CAUCUCAACUGGGCGCUAUGUUGGAUAUGUUAACGGAUCGUUGUGCAUUGUUGGCACUGGUUAUGUAUUGUGGACAUCUAUAUCCCAGUUACAUGCUCUUUUUUCAAAUGUCCGCAGUGAUUGAUAUCGCCUCGCACUGGCUUCAUUUUCACGUCACAUAUCUGAUGGGCAAAACGUCACAUAAGGUUUUAGCAGUUUUGUUAGCUCAUGAAAUUAUGGAUUUUUACGGUAUCAGUAGAAUUAGGGCCAUUAGGAUAAUUUCGUUGAUGAUAUGAAG